AAUAACCAUUACUGGCUGAUAAAAGCCAGCGGGCGAGCAUACUUUCCAUAACUUGAAUCGACAAUGUGGCGUUGAAGUGAAAACACCGCAAGGUUCUCCGUGCAAUCCAUUCAAUAACCAUAUCAACCCCACACAUCUGGCGCAGACUGUAUGUAUAAACAGAUGCACAUACGGGGAUGUGCAUGUGUGUGCCCACUACCACAGACCGUAUUUCCAUAAACCGAGAGUUUGGCAAUAACGAAUCUCUCGCUUUCCCGACCAGAUUAAAGAAUUCGGUUAUAUAGCCCGCCGAUCGACGGCCCGUAACUCUGGCGUCGGCAGAGAGUGUGGGCGUGCAAGUGGGUUUCUCAGGGCAGUAAGGUGUGGUUCCACAACACCAUAAAGCAGACGAAAGCGAAAAAAAAAACCGAAACCGAAAAAAAACACAGAACUGGGUGGUGGGAAAGUCUCUCUUCUCUUCCACCUGUGAAGAUUCGCAGGAAGUCCGCCAGUUAGCUAGCUAUUGUGUCAUGCAAUCGAUAUCCGCCGUAACAUAUGCUUCUGGUAUCUCAGGUUGAAACCUCUAUCCGGAAUCGCCCACUGUGCGGUAACUGUGGACCAUGAACACCGCGGGAGCCACCAGUCAACCGCCGCCCACCAAAAAUGAGACACACUCCGAGGAGUACCUCAUCCAUGUGCAUAUGCCGAACAAGAGCUUUAAGGCUGUUCGGUUUAAUGUCAAGGAGACCGUUUUCCAUGUGAUCCGACGCACCGUCGAGGAUCUGGGCACGGAUGGAAGGACGCCCAGCAUACAGCGUUAUGCCUGCCGCAUGCUCAACAUGAUCACCAAGGAGGUGAUCUGGCUGGCAAGGAGCACUUCGAUGCAGAAGGUCCUGUCGCACAUCCUGACGCCCGGUUGCUCCAACGUUGACUGCCCCAACAAUCAGGCGGAGUUGGAUGAGGUUCUGCUGGAGCACGGCCGAAGGAUCACCGACAACAGGGUGUGGCGAGUGGAGCUCAGAGUGCGCUACGUGCCAAAUAAUAUUCAGGAGCUCUUCGAGGAGGACAAGGCCACAUGCUUCUAUUACUUCAAUCAGGUGAAAGAGGACUUUAUCCAAGCCAAUGUCACAUCCAUCGACACGGAAGUGGCGGUGCAACUGUGCUGUCUGGGUAUUCGUCAUUAUUUCAAGAACAUAACAGUGAAAGCACCGGACAAGAAGCAGCACAUUGACUACAUUGAAAAGGAAAUCGGAUUUAAAAGUUUUCUUCCUCAAUCUGUGAUAGCCACAUCAAAGCCAAAGAAUCUUAAGAAACUGAUCCAAGUCGGUUACAAAAAGGUCUACAAUUACAACGACAUUGAGUACUUGACGCGGUUCUUUGAUCUUCUGAAGAAUAUUUAUUUAACGAACUUUGAGCAGUUCGCGGUAACCCUGAGCUCGGCGUGGAAUAUUUCUGGAAUUCUACACGUCGGUCCUCACAUUGGAAUCUCUUACCAGACUCAUCCUCAGGCCAGCUUGACGAACGUGGCUCAGUUCAAAGAUGUGGUCGCUAUUAAAACGUGCACUUUACCAAAGGAAAAACUGUCCAAGUCUGGCGAGAAUACCACAGAACCAGAGCUUCAGAACUUCAAUUGCAACUGCCAGAAGAUUAAAACCCAGAUCAAAAUAUCAGCAUCAAACAAUGUGGAAGAUUUGGUUAUAACAUGCAAUGGUAUUAAUACCGCUGAGAGUAUUGCUGACCUUAUUGACGGUUACUGCAGGCUGUUAUCAAAAGACCUAGAGUUCACAAUUUGGCAUCGAGAGACAACCGCGUCGAACGAAGAUAGCGCAAAAGCAUUGCCCAACGAUGCGACGCUGGGGUCUAAUAAAUCAACUUCAAGCCAGGGGAAACCGAUGCUGACCGAUGAUUAUGCCGAGAUUGGAUUAUUGGAGGGCGAGGGCGACUACUCUACGCCCACCGUUCGGAAUUAUGAGUUGGACAGAGCCCUCAUUACGCCGAGCGCUAAAAUUGGUGUGGGUCAGUUUGGUGAUGUCUAUGUAGGCACGUAUACGCUUCCGAAAUUGGGCAAGGGAAAGAACACCCCAGGAAAUGGGAAAAAUAGCAAUAGUGACCAAAGAAAUGCCGAUCCAAGGCCAGAUGUUAUUCAAGUGGCAAUAAAGACAUGUAAAGCUAACGAUGAUCCCGAAAAAACCGAAAACUUUCUUGCCGAAGCUUAUAUUAUGCAAAAAUUCGAUCAUCCGCAUAUUAUUCGCCUAAUUGGCAUUUGCAGCGUAAUGCCCAUUUGGAUAGUCAUGGAAUUGGCCAAACUGGGUGAACUGCGCGCCUACUUGAAGACAAACAGCGAGAGAUUAAGCCACGGUACGCUACUGAAGUACUGCUAUCAGUUGUCAACUGCUCUCAGUUAUUUGGAAUCCAAGAAGUUUGUUCACCGAGAUAUUGCGGCGCGUAAUGUACUUGUCAGCUCACCAACGUGUGUUAAGUUGGCUGAUUUUGGAUUAUCACGUUGGGUUUCCGAUCAGUCGUAUUAUCACUCAACACCCACAGUUGCCCUUCCCAUCAAAUGGAUGUCGCCCGAGUCAAUAAAUUUUAGAAGAUUUACCACUGCUAGUGAUGUUUGGAUGUUUGGUGUCUGCAUUUGGGAAAUACUCAUGCUCGGUGUUAAGCCUUUCCAAGGCGUCAAGAACAGCGAUGUUAUAUUAAAGCUCGAAAACGGAGAGCGUCUGCCAUUGCCUCCCAACUGCCCGCCUAGAUUAUAUUCGUUAAUGUCCCAAUGCUGGGCAUACGAGCCUCUUAAACGACCAAAUUAACGGAUCAAGGAAACUCUGCAUGAAAUUCUUAUCGAAGACAGCAUUAAUUCAUCGGAGACACUGAAGCGGGAGCAACGAAAAGUGGCUUCCAUGUCCUGGAUUGGCAGUGAUGACAUCGACAUUCCGCCAUCAAAACCUUCAAGGGUGAUGCACGAUCCUGACAUUACUGGUUUAAUGCCUGAAACAACGGGGCUACCUCAGACUUAUAUUAUUGCGCAAAAUCCCGCGGUGCUGGCCAAGCUGAUGAUGGAGAACCAGAAACGAGGCAUAAAUCCAGCGGCGUACACCACACCAGCUUCGGGCAUUCACAAUGUUUUGGGCGAAAAACUAAGACAACAGCAAAAGAAUAGUAACAGCGAUAGCGAAUGGUUAAUUCAAGAGGAAUUGCUGCGGCAGAGAUCCUGCUCAAUACCUCAAGGAUCGAUCAAUGAUCACCAGGCACAAAUGUUUAAGCUUGACUUCAUGUCAGCCGGUCCUUCUAGUUUACCGGAUUGCUCGAACUCCAGUUCGCGACCGAUGACACCAAAUGCAAAUCUCUCUUCCCUGAAGUCGAACCACUCAUCGACAGAUCAUUUGUCCAGCUUGACGGCUGCAGAUGAACAGAUGGGCCCAAAUGCUCGAAACUUAGGCAGUGCUGUUUCAAGUCGACCACUGAACCGCGCAGAUGAUGAAGUUUAUUGCGCCACCACACUGGUGGUCAAAUCCAUAAUGGCGCUGUCACAAGGUGUGGAGAAAGCCAAUACCGAGGGUUAUUUGGAACUGGUUAAGAAUGUGGGCGUCAAGUUGAGAAACUUACUCACAUCGGUGGACAAAAUAUCUGUAAUUUUUCCAGCACAGGCACUCAAGGAAGUGCAAAUGGCACAUCAGGUACUUUCAAAAGACAUGCAUGAAUUGGUCUCAGCGAUGCGAUUGGCCCAGCAAUAUAGCGACACAACGCUGGAUUGUGAAUAUCGCAAGAGUAUGCUGUCUGCUGCCCACGUAUUGGCUAUGGACGCCAAAAACCUGUUUGAUGUCGUCGAUUCAAUUCGUCAACGUUAUCAGCAUCUAUUCCCGCCUAAAGAAACUAAUUGUUUAUCAAGUUUUGAGUCAACUUCUGGCUCUAUUGUCACAGAGCCGGUAAAUGACCUUGGUGGAUAUAUAAAGACGAGCACAUCGGGAGAUUUGCUUCAAAACACGGGAAUUUAUGAUAAUGAUCUGCAUCAUAGCUUCAACUCGCAAUUGCAGUUGCAAAACCCAAAAGCCAGCAUAGACUUGAGCGGUGGUGGUAGUCUGCAGAGAGGAAUGAGUCUUGGCUUGGACACCACCAGGUCGACAAAUGAACCCUUGCGAAUUGUUGAGGAGACGCUCGGCAGCCCGGGGGAACAUAUGUACUGCAAUACGUCCGCCUUGCACGGCCACGCGUAAUUUUAAAAGCUUGUUCGUUUUCUUUGCGAAGAUAGAUAUUAAUUUAACAACCGAACUACUGUACAUACUUAAUAUACAUAUAUAUAUAUCAGAAUAUGUAUAUCACUCGAACUAUUCAGCGGUUAAUUCGCUUAUCUACGUACGGAAUAUACAUAGCUUUGAACAUACUUACUCACUAAAGUUUGACGAGACCCCAACUCGGCCGGCCGCAUUCUCACAUCGUCAUGUAGUCAAAAUAAUUUAAGAAACAAAGACACGUUUUUGAAUGAAGAUGGCUAGUAAUAGUAAUUUAUAGAUAAUCUACUCGAUCUAAUACAACUAAAAAUUGAAUUCAUCAUCAUUUCGGGUGUGUUUUAAGACAUUUAUAUUGUGAUUUAUAGUUUACCAUCAUAAGCUUUACUCGAAGCUAAUUAUUUUGGUGCAAGGUUCAAUCACA